GGCGCCGAGCUUCAGGUCUCCGGGCUUGCUGGGCCGCUCUGGGUGCCCUUUCCUUGUGAGCGCCCUUGGCUCUCCCGCUUCUAAUGCCAACCAGUAUCGCCAACCUUGUUUCGCAGGAGACGGUUCUCCUCUCAAAGACUCCCGGCCGCUCCCAUAUCGUAAUUAAAUUGGGGGAAGUGGGCAAAGCGUUGUCAACGGAAAUCAGCAUAACCUGGCAGAAAUUCCCAACUACUAUAAUUCGGUCCAAGGUGUGGUCUCCUUUGGGAACUGCAGUCCAGACCAAAGAAAGCAAGGCCAAGAAAGAGGUCAAGAUGGGGUUUAUAUUUUCAAAGUCUAUGAAUGAGAACAUGAAAAGCCAACAGGAGUUCAUGCUUAUGAAUUCCCGACUUCAGCUGGAAAGGCAGCUAAUAAUGCAGAAUGAAAUGAGAGAAAGACAAAUGGCUAUGCAGAUUGCUUGGUCUCGGGAAUUCCUCAAAUAUUUUGGAACUUUUUUUGGCAUUACAGCCAUCUCUUUAACAGCUGGAGCAAUUAAAGGGAAGAAGCCCGUCCUCAUCUUGCCUAUGGUUCCAUUAGGCUUUGUCCUUGCCUAUCAGUAUGACAUGGGCUAUGGAACCCUUAUACACAGAAUGAAAGGUGAAGCUGAGAACAUACUGGAAACAGAAAAGAGUAAGUUGCAGCUGCCAAAAGGAGUGAUCACUUUUGAAAGCCUUGAAAAAGCAAGAAGGGAACAGAGUAAAUUUUUCAUAGACAAAUGAAAUCAUGUUUACCCCAUCAAAUCUCAAAAAACAGAAUUGUUGACUUGAAUCAUGACCUUUAUAAUUUUUUAAAUGCUUGCGAUUUUGAUAUAAUGGAUUUCAUUUUAAAACAGUAAUCACGAUGAAUUUUGUUAAACUAUUUUAAAAUAAAAUUUAUACCAUUCAACACAAAUUCAUGGAAGUACUCUAAAUAACUUUAAGAUUUCCUAUAUAUGUGUAUGUAUCACAAACAUCUGAAUGUAACAUUAUAAAAUAUAUUGUUCUGAAUUUCUGAAAGCAAAAA